GCUGGCUUUAAUCUUUAAGCCCCUCCAACUUCAACUGCAUUUGCAACUCGUGGAUGCUCUGAAGGACCAAUAACGAAGUCUUGUUCUUUUGCUUAAGUUUGUUUCUACCUGUGAGAGUUCGAAGCGGCUGAAGUGAGGUUACUUUUUACUGGAUACAUUUUCUGUAUUACGAAGCGAUCAUGAGCGCCGUGGUUCAUCAGCAUGUCGAAGAGCACUUCGAUAUCCAUGAGGAUUUGAGGACGGAGGAUACGGAGAUGAUGGCGGAGGAAGAGCGCACUGAAGAAGCAGCUCCAAUAGAUGAAGACGAACGCGUUCAGUCAUUCCAGCAGGUGCAUCAACAACAGCACAUGCAGCAAAUGCAACACCAACAACAACACGCCCAUCGCCAACCGCAACAGCCCCAAGAGGAGCCCCAGGAAGAGGAAGAAGAAGAAGAGGAGGAGGAAUCUGAAGACGAAGCUGUUGACCGAACCGUCCAAGCAGACAUGGACAAGUUACAGAAUGACUUUCCUGGUUUUCGCAAUCGGUAUCGGUUGAUCAAGCGAAUCGGUGAAGGAACCUUCUCUACCGUUUACAAAGCCGAGGAUAUCAUGUACGACCACUACGACAACAGCUGGGACUAUGAAGACGACUCGUCAAAAUGGACACCACCGCCCAAAGCAACCGACAGUCCUGUGUCUCACCGUCCGCGUCGCAAGGCACGUUACGUCGCCAUCAAGAAGAUCUACGUCACCUCAAGUCCCUCGCGAAUUCUCAACGAGCUUGAACUACUCCACGAUCUACGUCAAUGUCCCUCCAUCUGUCCUCUCAUCACCGCAUUCCGCGAAACCGACCAGGUCGUGGCUAUUCUGCCUUACUUUCGGCACGGAGACUUCCGCACGUACUUUCGCGACUUAACUAUUACAGAGAUCUCUGUUUACCUUAGAGAACUCUUCACCGCCCUGAAAAGUGUUCAUGAUCACAAGAUUCUCCACCGAGACAUCAAGCCUACCAAUUUCCUGUACGACCCAGGUACACAGCGCGGUGUUCUUGUCGAUUUUGGUCUUGCCGAGAGGGAAGGGUCUGAUGCCAAGCCUUGUCUUUGCCAUGAGUCCCGAGAGGUCCGAAAGCAUCGCCAAACAAAUUCAGUCUGGGCGCAGAAUGCUGCGACUCCUCAAGCAGGAUAUCCUAAAUCUGACACACGAUCAUCGCGACGUGCCAAUCGUGCUGGAACCAGAGGUUUCCGUGCUCCUGAGGUUCUCUUCAAGUGCACGGAGCAGACUACAUCCAUUGAUAUCUGGUCUGCAGGCGUUAUUCUUCUUACCAUUCUGUCUAAACGCUUCCCAUUUUUCAACUCGGCCGACGACGUUGAAGCCAUGAUUGAGAUAGCGACUAUCUUUGGCACUAAACGCAUGAAAGCUGCAGGUUUACUUCAUGGAUGCGUCUUCGAGACCAGCAUUCCCACAGUUGGUCAAGGAGGCUUCUCGAUGGAGAAAAUCAUCAUGUGGAGUACAUGCAGAGGCGAGGAAAAACCUCUGACAGGAGAGGAAAAGCUGGCCAUCAACUUCCUCGAAUGGUGUAUGGAGUUAGACCCUGGCAGGAGAAUAACGGCUGCGGAAGCACUGAACCACGAUUUUCUUCUCUUGGGCGAGAUUGAGGCCGAGAGGCAAGAGAACGAGCAGGCAAUGGCGGAGCAUUGAAACAAUUCUGUAUCACUAAUGUAAUCAUAGAAGCAUGGAAGGGCGUUGGUUUGAGUAUAAUGUUACGGAAGUGGUUGGCUAGAUAUCUGUACAUAGCCCAACAUGACUGAUACCCAGUGUUAUGAAAGUUUCACGGGAACAAAUACCAUCAAUGGUGCGAUCACAGUGAAUUAAAAAAAAUUGUCAUUCAUAAUCAUGGGCGAAAAUCGAUUUUUAUUUCGUUAACUCCUUGCAAGAGUCCCUGAUGCAAUGCCCGAAGCCGACCGACCUAGGUCCCUGCUUAGAGGAGACCUGUCAUCCAUUGCCCGUUGUUCGCGGGUUGGAGAUUCUUUUUUCCUUUUGCGAAAAUUCCCAUACAAGCCCAACCGACUCCUAAGCAAGCACAACAUUUAGAGAACAGUUGCUUGCUUAAGCGACAAGCUCGACGACACCACCGGCCUGCUUGAUCUUCUGCUCAGCAAGGCGGCUGACCCAGCGGGCGCGGACGACCAGAGGGAUCUCGGGGAGACGGCCCUUGCCGAGAACCUUGGAGUAGCCGAGGGGGAGGAGGUCGAGGACGGGGACGGUGUCCUUCUUCUCGCCGGAGACGUAGGCGUCACGGGUCUCCUGGGGGACGAGAGACCACAGCUUGUCGAGGUUGAUGAUGGGCUUCCAGAAGUGGUUGGGCU